AUGUCUUUCUCACGAAUCCUCGCUCUGGCUACUAUUACCACCGGUGCCCUGGCCCAGCUGAAAUCCUGCUCGAACAAUGGCACUCUGAGCUGCCACAGCUCGUCCAAAGCUCCAACCUGCUGUUACAAUUAUCCGGGCGGAGCUCUCCUGCAGACCCAGUUCUGGGAUACUGACCCCACGACCGGCCCAAGUGAUUCAUGGACCAUCCACGGCCUGUGGCCCGACAACUGCGACGGUACCUACCAAUCAAGCUGCGACUCCUCGCGCGCAUACACCAACAUCUCCGACAUCCUGACCGCGCAGGAUCGUACUGAUUUGCUCUCGUAUAUGCAGACGUACUGGGUCAAUGACGACGGCAGUAACGAGGAGUUCUGGGAGCAUGAGUGGAGCAAGCACGGUACCUGUAUCAACACCAUCAAGCCGAGCUGCUACACCAACUACUCUCCCCAAGAGGAGGUUGGGGACUUCUUCCAGAAGGUGGUAGAUUUGUUCAAGGGUCUUGAUACAUACAAGGCCUUGUCCGCAGCUGGUAUCACUCCCGAUGACUCGAAGACAUAUGAGCUUAGUGAUAUCCAAGCCGCACUGUCCAAAUUGCAUGGCGGUUCGGAACCGUAUGUUGGUUGCGAGGAUGGUGCGCUGAGCCAGAUGUACUACUUCUUCAAUGUGGCUGGCAAUGCAAUUGACGGCCAGUACCAGCCUACUGCUCCUCUUGAGUCAUCCAACUGCCCCAGCAGCGGCGUCAAGUACUUGCCCAAGAGCAACUGA